ACAUUGACGUCUGUAUUUUAUAUGAGAAACAGUUUACGUUUAAUCAAUAUAUUAGCAACACCUAGAGUUCUGAAAGCCAUUCCAAAACAAGACAAUGGCUGUGAACGUUUACUCAACCUCAGUGUGCAGUGACAAUUUGAGUCGUCAUGACAUGCUUGCAUGGAUUAAUGAAUCGUUACAGAUCAACCUUACCAAGAUAGAGCUGUUAUGUUCAGGUGCAGCCUACUGCCAGUUCAUGGAUAUGCUUUUUCCCGGCUGUGUGCCUUUGAAGAAAGUCAAAUUUGCUGCAAAACUAGAGCAUGAAUUCAUUCACAACUACAAGAUCUUGCAAGCUGGCUUCAAAAGAAUGGGUGUUGACAAAAUCAUCCCUGUUGACAAGUUGAUAAAAGGCAAGUUCCAGGACAACUUUGAGUUUGUGCAGUGGUUCAAGAAGUUCUUUGACGCCAACUACGAUGGGAAAGAGUACGACCCUGUGGAGGCUCGCCAGGGCCAAGACACCAUGCCCAGUCCUGCCGUGUCUGCCCUCAACAAACCCAAGAAGAUCCUCAAUGCUGCACCCCAGCGGGCAGCAGUUGCCAAGGUAGCACCCAAAAUGGCGCCCAGCUCGGCACGAAGACCAGGGGCUGGUGAUGAGGAGCGGGCCGAACUCAUCCAGGAGGUGAAUAUACUGAAGUCCACCAUCCAGGACAUGGAGAAGGAGCGGGACUUCUAUUUUGGCAAACUGAGGAACAUUGAGCUCAUCUGCCAAGAGAAGGAAGGAGAGGGCGACCCCACACUGCAGAGGAUUGUAGAUAUACUCUACGCCACAGACGAGGGCUUCGUCAUACCGGACGCUGAGUCAGAGGACCACGAGGAGUUCUAAUGUUCAAGACUGGAUCAUGCGACUUUUAAUACUACCCCCCCACCCCUUCAAUCAGCUACAACUGCUCCCAUCCUCACCCUGCGUACCACACCCUAAACAUCCAGAUCAUGUUAUUCAUUGCUUGGUCUCUGAAUAGACUAUAUCAAAAAUAUUUUUUGUCUGUCAAAUCAAGUUGAAAUAAGUAGUGUGAAGUACCUCUGAAGCCCCUUCUUCGGGUCAUCCUAUUGGCCUGUGCCAGGGUCGGUCUUGGCAUCAUGUUGGAAGAAGGCGACUAUUUUGGCUCUCUAUUUGGGUCCAGAAGAGUGAGCUGUCAGUCUGUAAGAUUCCGCUUUUUUUCUUGGUCUUUUCCCUAAUUUUCUGUCUCUUCCAGGAAUUGGAGUUAAAAGUUCAUUGGCACCUGCACUCACUUUUGUACGUUGUAUUUUUCUUAGUUUACUUGUUUCCCAAAUUAGCCCAGUUUUUCCCACAUGUAUAUUGUUUUAUGGGUCUGAGAAAAUGUACUAAGUUCCUAAUAAUUUCAAUAGAGAAAGUGUUUUAGAUGGGUUCAGUGGGUGGCUAUUGUACUUAUUGUGGAACAAUUGUUUUCUUCACCAACCACAACUCUCAUAUUUCACAAUUCUUUAAUUUGGUCUCAUCCAGUUUGGAGAUUAACCUGUUUUAAAUAGUGCUAUUCUUUAUUCCAGGAAAGUUUAUUUAUUUCUCAAAGAUACAGGACAGCUCAUAACAUGACAAUAUUUAAUGCUGAAGAAACAUGUUAGAACUACAAGUUUACGGUGGAAUACUUUGUGCGUGAUUUAUCUGUUUUGUUUGUCUCUUGGAUGUUGGAAGGCAUGUGCACUGUGGAUACCAGAAACUCCCCUGGUCCCAAGCCCAUCCCAAACUACCUGCUUUGGGUUUUUUGGCUUUUCUCCCGAUAUGUCAGUUGGCAGGGGAUAGAAGUUUUAACUUGAUUUAGCCGCUAGUGUCUAAUUCAUCCUCAUAGGGAAUGCGAAAGGUGAGUGACUUUGCUGGGGGUUUUUCCGAUUUCUACUUACUCAACAAACAAACAAACAAAAUACUCCUGGUUCUGUAGCAUGUUUUAACACUCCAGUUGUGAGUUUGAAUCUGUUUUGAUCAUGUAGCAACUGCACCAGUGACAGGUUCUAAGGCCCAAAACGCUGAUAUGCAAAUAGAACUCCCAGUCUGCGCUAUAAGAUCAGAUAAUUUUUUUGAAUUGCUUUAUUCUUAAUCAGUUUUUUUUUUUUUUCAUAAAAAAUACUUUUAAUAACCUACAUAGAUGUGACUUUGAUGUAUUUUUUUUUGGGCAGAUGUUUGUAAUACGAUUUAAAGUAUUGUAAUUUAAGCUCUUAACAAAUUUUUUUUUCUCUGCUGCUCUGAAAUAAAGAUGUGUAGAGAAUCUGGCAGAAGCUUGGGUAUUUUAAGCUGUUAUAUAGACUUUCAGUCUUCCGGUUAUACAAAAGCCAAUGACAUUUUUAUACCGUUGAUGGUUCAUUGAUGUGUUCUGAAUUUAUUGGUGUACUUAAUCUAACGGGUGCUGCCCAACUUUUGAAUGAAAUACCUUCAUAGAAAUGACCUCUCCAAUGAUUAGCAAUACAUAACUGUUCAGUCCAAUGUAUUGCCUCCUUGCAGGGCUCGUUAAAUAAUGUGUUAUAAAUUGUACAAUAAUGCGACAAUGGGAGCAGCAAUAGGAUCAAUUGGUUGCGCUUAGCGAGACAUCAUUCGCUUUUCAUGAUGGGGAUUUUCUGAUGCUGAUUUAGGUAAUUGCCCAUUUGGUUUGGAGUCCACAUGGGAGCAGCACACGUUUUAACAUUGCAGGGUACUUCAGUCAUCAAGGCACUAAAACAGGCCCUUUCUAUUCCUUCGACACUGACAGGCCAAGUUUGAAUGUCGUGCAAAAUCCUUACUCGUGCCUGGUGUCAUAAUUCGAAUUUUCUGUUACGUUUGUCUAUUGCUUAAUCAGGAUCACAACCCUAAUUCAAUGUGCCAACUUUUUGGGCAUAGCCACUUCUGGAAUGUAUUGGGGCAUGAACGUGUAUAUUUGAUACACAGAGAUGCUAAUUGUGACGAUGAUCCUUUUCAGCAGAUUCCAUAGCGCUGAGCGAUUUAGUGCUUUUCGAGGGUCGGUUCGAUUAUUAGAAAACAAUCACAGAUUUUGGUUUUGAUUAUUUGGGGUGAAUGCUGUAACAACACAGAAUAAAACAAUUAAGUCCC